UCAACCUCUCCACUAGGAGCUCGCCUUCUCGCCCCGCAACACAAAUCAACUACCAACUCGUGAAAUAUUAAAUUUGCAGACUUAUUAAGUACCCUUAUCAAAGAGGGAGAAAGUCACAAUUAAAAGUGUUAUCCGUCACACCCUUCUCCUCAUCCCUAAGGUCACACUGGUGGUGAAAGUGCUCUGCAGCGUUGGUUUUAAGUGCCAAAAAUCUCCCAGACAUGGGCCAGACAUAGCAACUUUAUAUAUAGACGAGUGUCUUGUUAUUGUUUAUUAGCAAGCGGACGGACCCUUCUUCUCAUACCCUGCAAAUAUCCAUCACAUCGCACUCAAAGACUUGGAACCUUCUGAACUAGACGUUAUAUAAUCGCCAGCCACGACGUCAUUAAUGUCAACGCCGACAUCUUUGUCACAUCAAAAGUUGAGAGCCGAGCUAAAACAACGCUAGCAUAAUCCACACCAACUACCGCACUCUUCAAUAUUUCAAGCUGUAAAGAACAAGUCAUGUAAACGAGUAAACUUAAAACCACAUUGCUGGAUGAAAAUCAAAAUGCCCAGCCAUCAAAGCAAUGGGUGAUCGGGGUACUUCUUGUAUCAUCGUAAAUAUCAGCAAUCAAAAAAGGAUCAAUCAAACCUCUUUCGACCGAAACUCCAAUUAACGUACCAAAACGCCUCUCACUCAGGCCUUGAAUAUUUAACCCCCACACUCCUGCGGCCGUCUGUGUAAAUAGGUUUAAAAUAAUAAUCGGGUCUGAUUUUCAUGCUCUGGAUUUCAUCAAGUAACUCUCACUGCAACAAAGAGACUGACACAGAAAGGAAUUUAUUUAGUGAAUAAAGUAACAAGAUUAUCAACUGAACGUCCAGCACCAAAUAACAAAUUUAAGAUGACGCGUCUAUGGAUUGCCGUUGUCUGUGUGUUACCAUUCUUCGUUUUCAAUGAGUUUCUUCUAGUCAAUGGUCUGAAAUGCCGAUGUGACAUUUGCCACUCUGACAACUAUACCUGUGAAACGGAUGGCUUUUGUUUUGCCUCCACUUCGUUGGAUAAGGAAGGAAAGCCAGAGUAUUCUUAUAGCUGUGUUCACCGUGAAGCGUUACUUCCUGGGUCUGUAUUUAUUUGUAGAGAAUUUGCAAAGGGUUAUAUUCUGCCUAAAACGUGUGGUGGUGUGGACUGUUGCAAGGAUAGUGACUAUUGUAAUGCAAAAUUGCGCCCACUUUGUGAAAACGAGACUUACAAAUACCCGAAACGUGUCCCCCUGCCACAGGGAUUUGAUGGUCGUAAAAUGGAACGAGGUCACCCGGAAUCAUGGGCAGAGUUGGGAGUUUUGGAAAUCGCUAUGCUAAUAGCAGGUCCAAUAUUUCUCAUCUGCCUUAUCGUCCUCAUAAUUGUGUUCUAUUCUUGGCAAAAGAACAACAGCAUCAAACAAUUCUCACAUCAAAGAAAGCCAUUGAUUGAAAAAUACUUGUUGAGCAAUCCUGUGGAUUCGAGCGGACCUUGUUUGAAGGAUAUGAUUGACAUGACCACUAGUGGCUCGGGAUCAGGUCUGCCAUUGCUCGUUCAACGUAGCAUUGCAAGGCAGGUGCAGCUACUGGAAGAGGUUGGAAAGGGCCGAUACGGGGAAGUUUGGCGCGGCCGUUGGAGAGGCGAGAAUGUUGCUGUAAAAAUAUUUUCGUCAAGAGAAGAAAGGUCAUGGUUUCGGGAGGCCGAAAUUUACCAGACUGUGAUGCUUCGACACGAAAAUAUUCUAGGCUUUAUCGCAGCCGAUAACAAAGAUAAUGGUACUUGGACACAACUCUGGCUGGUAACCGACUACCAUGAAAAAGGAUCUCUAUUCGAUUACUUGGGAAGAACAACUUUGGAUCACGUCACAAUGUUAAGAAUGGCAUUUUCUAUUGCAACAGGUAUUUCGCAUCUGCACAUGGAAAUUGUUGGGACUCAAGGAAAGCCAGCAAUUGCUCACCGGGAUCUAAAGUCUAAAAAUAUUCUGGUAAAAACUAAUGGGACAUGUUGCAUUGGAGACCUUGGGCUUGCGGUACGGUACGACACUGCAUCAAAUGAGGUGGACAUCCCCUUGAACAACAGAGUUGGUACUAAACGUUACAUGGCUCCCGAAGCUCUGGAAGAAGCAAUGAACUUGAGUCAUUUUGACUCUUUCAAACGGGCGGAUGUUUAUGCAAUGGGAUUGGUAUUCUGGGAAUUAGCUAGACGGUGCAAUGUUGGAGGAAUUUACGACGAUUACCAGCUCCCGUUUCAUGACAUGGUUCCGUCGGACCCCACAAUUGAAGAAAUGCGCAAGGUCGUAUGCAUUGAUCAGCAGCGUCCAUCUAUCCCAAAUAGAUGGUCUUCCGUUGAGGUGCUCGUUUUCAUGUCAAAGCUGAUGAAGGAAUGCUGGUAUCAAAAUGCUUCUGCGAGACUGACUGCUCUCCGAGUGAAGAAAACUCUUGCAAAUUUUCUAAACCCAAUGGAUCACAAAUAUGAUAAAAUUGAAGUUUAAAAAAAAACUGUUGUUCAGUAUACUCUGCUACUACUACUCGAAAAUACGAGUCACUAUUGUUUUUAUAUAGUAAAAUUAACUUUUGUUUUUGGGGAUUUCAAAUCCCGGAUUUGAAAAAUACGAAUGUCGUUAUAUAGUUCUUAUAUAUAGUAAAUUGUAAAUAUCUCUCUAAUUAUAAUGAAUCAGUCUAAGGUGUGCAUUAUUUAUAAUUAUAUUCGAAAAGAAAUACACUUUUCAAAUAUUAAUGACCUCACUUGGCAAAAUUUUGUAUAUAAUAAUCAGUGUGAUAUCACAUAUUAAUAGUGAUCAAGUUGUAUAACAUAUAUUCACUAACUAAUUGGACGGCAAUUCAUAAAUGCUUCAAAAAUGUUUUCUCGUUCAUGAGCAUAUAAAAAAAUAUUUACAAAAACAUAGGUUUAUUGUAUCAUACAAUUUGUAUGGGUAUCUCUCUGCUGAUGAAAUGUACCGCAAGAGGCUGACGGAGUUAAUUUUUUCGUUUCGCAAUUUCGCAAGUCGUACAGACGAAGAAACUGACGAGAUGAAGAUUGUCUAUGAAAAUCAGGUUGACUAAAACUAUUAACAUAAAUUCUUAAUUGUUUUCUAUAGUUUGUGUUCAGUUUUGUAUAUAACAGCUUAAUCCUUCAAAAAACUUAACUAUGUUCAAUUUGCGAACUUUUGUAUUUCACGCUCUGUAUUUGUGCAUUUAUAAUGUUUAACGAUUCAGUUUUUAUGUAAACGUCUUGAACUAAAAAAACACCCUUCAAAGGAUCCCGAUGAAAACCAUAAAGUAACACGCUAACUAAGCCCAGAAUUUGUUGGUGAAAUUUCUCGAGGUUGGCUUAGUUUACCUACUAAUUUAAGUAGUUGCAAAGCUUUAAAUUUAUUUUAUAUUUUUUACUUGUUACUAAUUAUUAUUAUAUAAACAAGGAAUAAAUAUGAAAUAGCUAAAAAUUUA